CCUCGCUGCAAGAGCCAUGCCGUACCUCGACGUGCCCAACAUCAACCUGCGCACCUACUACACGAUCAACCCGCGCUACGAGGACCUCGGCAUGAGCAUCAAAUCGCCUGCGCCCGAGAGCGACGACGCCAUUGAUCCGGCCAAACCCACCCUCGUCUUCAACCACGCCGGCACGUCCUCGUCCAACUCGUUCAUGCAUCAAUUCCGGGAUCCUCGACUGCGCGAGGCUUUGAACCUCGUCUCGUUCGACUCGCGCUACUACGGGCGCACUGGAGGCGACCCACUCGAUCACUUCCAGACCCUCGAGGAGCGAGCAGACGAGUUCAUCGCCAUGGUGGACGCCCUGCUCGGUGAUCGACCAUUCUCCUACUUCGGCGAGUCGUUCGUCGGGUCGCACGUCGGCGCCUACCUCGCUGCCAAGCGACCACAGCAGGUCAAGGCCAUGGUCCUCGUCUCGCCGUCUUUUGUCACCGACCCGCCUCUCGUUUACGAGACGCUCAACGCCGAGUGGCGACCAGCGUGCAUGGCUAACAAGGACGGCAACGGUGAUCGGAGCGGGAGGAUCCCCGACGAGGCGAUGGCGGUCGUCGGCGACUACUUCUUCAGCGGCGCGACGCACAUGAAGGAGCGACAAGACGCCUUCCUCGAGCAGUACCAGGAAAUCAACGGCGACGGGCAGGACAUGUUCCGCGUCGACCAGCUCCUCUUUUGGUUCCGGCGCGAGGCACCAUCACCCGACGUGUUCGCGGCGGUGCGGUGCCCGGUCCUGCUCCUCGGCGGCUCGCUCGACCGGACGGUGAGCUCUGAAGGGUCGCUCGAGGAUUGGCGAGACCGGUUCGUCAGCGUGCCUGACGAGGACAAGGUGCUGAAGACGAUCGAGGGCGGCGCACAUCUGCUCGCGACGACCGACUCAAGCCUCGUUAGCCGGUUCGCGCUCACCUUCCUCCAGCGUUACAAGCUCGCCUGAGCGCUCGCCCUUUCCCCUCUUUCUCGACCUCCCUUCACACGUCGCCUCGUCGCCCUCAUAGCAUGUCCGCAUCUUCACGACCUGUAUCGUCAUCAACACAUCCCUCGCCGCGCGCCCGCCAAGGCGCUUCGCCACGUGCUGCUCGAGCCCUGCCAAUGCAACCCUUCCUCGACGG